AUGUCAAAUAUUCCAAAUUUAUUAAUGAAACGUGUAAUUAUAAUGAAAGGUUUCUGUGAUUUAAUUUAUGAUGUAUCAAAUAGUACAAUUCAAUUUAUUGAACAACAACGUGUUUAUCUUGAAAAUUUUCAAAAACGUAUGCAUCAAUAUUGGUCAAUAUCAUCAACAACAACAUCAUCUUGUAAUGAUGAUGAUAAUAAUAACGAUAUUUUAGUUGAAUCAAUCUCAUCACCUACAAUUGAAAAUAAUUAA